UCUUGGUGUACAGGGCUGAACUGGUACCAACAAACCAUGGUGCAAUACAGGGCAUUGGUGAUAGCUCUGAUUCUGCUCCUUAGCACCACUGUCCCCGAAGUGCACUCAAAGUCCAUCUUUGAGAGAGACCGUCGUGACUGGCUGGUCAUCCCUGAUGCAGUUGCAGCUUAUAUCUACGAAGCUGUGAACAAGAUGUCCCCCAGAGCUGGUCAGUUCUUGGUGGAUAUUUCCCAGACUACAGUCGUUUCUGGGACCAGGAACUUCCUCAUCAGAGAAACAGCUAGACUCACUAUACUGGCAGAACAGCUGAUGGAAAAAAUAAAGAACCUGUGGUACACAAAAGUGCAAGGCUACUAGUUGGAAGAAAAGUCAGUGUUCCUUUAAGUGAGUGGGUAGCAUCCUGAAGUGUCCUCUUUCCCCUUGCCUCUACUACAGACCAAGAUCAGUCAAUAACAAAGAAUCGAUGCUCGUGUUAAUGAGACUAGAGGGAACCCAGCAUCAAAGACCAGAGAAUGGAUGACAUCUGCUGAGGUUUCCCCUGGAAAAAAAAAAAAUAAAAAAAUAGAAAAAAAAAAUAAAAAAGGCUGCUGGGCACUGAGGAAGGCAAUGAGAUUACAGAGUUCUGCUGUAGCCAAAUCUUGAAAAU